GUCACUUUUGAAAGACGCACGAAAGAUUUGUAUCAACACACAAAGCAGCCGUGAUAAUGAUGUAUUUUCCUAAAAUAUUUCAUUUUAUCACUUUACAUUUGUUGGUGGUUUCUUUGGCUUCUCAGGAAGAGCAACACACCAGAAGAUCGUACACAGUCAACCCAGGAAAGAUUUUGUUUUGUCCGUCGGCUCGUGCCGGACCACCAGGCCCUCCUGGACCCCCGGGUCUUCCAGGAAGAGACGGGCGAGAUGGAAGAGAUUGCCCCCCCUGUAACUGUGCGUCAGUGCCGUCCCCUCCAGUGGAAAGUCCUUGCCCGGGAUCUCCACCGCCAGUACCUCAAGGCCCACCAGUGGGAGGCCCUCCUGAAGGACUUGGAUCCGCUCACAAUCCGGCAAAAUCCUGCGAUGAAAUCUAUCAUUCAAUAUCAGCAGGUGUUCAAAGUGGGGUUUACUGGCUCCAGGCUGCUCGCGGCAGCCCAUACCAGGCACAUUGCGAAAUUAUCACAUCGGCGUGUAAAGACAAUGGAGGCUGGACACUAGUUGCACGAGUGGCUGGAAUGUCCGGAGAUUUCUCACCCACAAGUCCUCUCUGGGCCAAUGAGGAUGUAGUUAGCCCCUGGGAUGCAGCUGACAUUACAAAAACAACAUCUAUGAAAAAUCCCGGUUGGUUCUCUGUACCAAAUCGAGUUAUGCGCAUAUGCUACAGCGGUCCUCGUAGUGACUGCGCGACAUUCACCCACAACAGAGGUCUGACUCUUACCCAGCUCUUCGCAACUCAGUUCGCAGUAGAAGUUCAAGAGGAGUACACUUUUGAAACGUUGAUGAAAAAACUUGGCAAACACUUGGACUUGGGGCACCUAAAAACUGAAUGGUGCGGCCUCAAUUUAGGAAAUCUUUGUAACUUGGUAGCGGAUCCAAAUAAGGAGCCUGGAACUCAUGUCUGUCGCAUAGGCUGUAUUGGUGACACCAGUCUUCCUCGAUCACCUAAUGGCUGCAACCCUGACGACUAUUCACUUGGGAUCGGUGUGUCAAGCUGCAACUCUCCACACGGUUGUCACGGUCACGUGUCAACAACAAGUAGCUUGCACUUUAGUAUGUAUUCAAGAUAUGGGGAUUAUCAACAAACGGCAUUCAUUUAUGUAAAAUAAAUCAAAACUUAGUUUGGCUAUCCUUUGAUCAAACAUACAAUAUCGCCGUACCAACUCAUUUUCAAUUAGAACGUCAUAAACUUUCUUUAUUUACCUCUCUACCAUACGAGAUAUUUACAAUUUGAAGGAAAGAAUAGAGAAACUAACCA